AUGUCUUCAGAUAACUCUAUCGGUGCCUUUGUGGCCAGAAAUAAAACUGCUAUCAUAGCUACCGUUGCUGCAGGUACCACCGCAGUGGCUGCCUAUUACUAUUACUCUCAAUUGCAACAACAACAACAACAACAACAAAAGGGUUCAGAUGACUCCGUAUCUAAAAAGAAGAAGAAAAAUAAAAAGAAGAAAAACUCCUCUUCUUCUGCUAAACCUUGUUAUCCAAUCGAUUCAAACGGUGAACCUGAUUUAAAAGAUAGUGCUAACUUCACCGAAGAACAAAAGGAAACUUACUCAGUGGCUUUGAAAGAUAAAGGUAACCAAUUCUUUAAAGAACAGAAAUAUGAAGAUGCAUUGAAAUACUAUAACUACGCCUUGGAUUUGAAACAAGAUCCAGUCUUCUACUCCAACAUCUCCGCAUGUUAUGUCUCUCUAGGUAAUUUGGAAAAAGUCGUCGAAAGUAGUACUAAAGCUUUGGAAUUGAAACCAGAUUAUUCAAAGGCUUUGUUGCGUAGAGCUUCUGCUAAUGAAAAUUUGGAAAACUUCGCAGAAGCAAUGUUCGAUCUAUCUGUCUUGUCUUUGAACGGUGACUUUAACGAAGCUUCUAUCGAACCAAUGUUGGAAAGAAACUUGAAUAAGCAAGCUAUGAGAGUUUUGAAAGAUAAAAUGAGCAGUGACGCAAAGCAACAAUUACCUUCAAACACUUUCUUGGCUUCUUUCUUCGGUAUCUUCACUCCAGAAACUACAUUGAAAAACUUCGAUGAAUCCAAUGAAGCGGAUGUAGAAUUACUGAAUGCUUUGGUCAAUUUGUACAAAAGAAAGUCAGAAAGUUAUUUGAUUGCCGAUGAAUCCUUCUCUAAAGCUGCUGAAUCUUACGUUAAACAAUUGGAAGCUAACCCAGAUGAUGAAGUAUUAAAGGAAAAAACAGCUACUGCCCUUGAAUAUAAUGGUAUUUUUAAAUUUUUGAAAAACGAUCCUUUGGGUUCUCAUGAAGACAUUCAAAGAUCAAUUGAAUUGCAUCCAAGAGUCAAUGCUUAUAUCUACAGUGCAUUGAUUAUGGCUGAUAAAGGUGAAUCUAAAAACUAUUUCGACUUCUUUGACAAAGCCUUGGACGUCGAUCCAAACUCCGCCCCAGUUUACUACCACAGAGGUCAAAUGCAUUUCUUGUCUCAACAAUACGAGAAAGCUGCUGCUGAUUUUGAAAAAGCUAAAGAAUCUGAUAGUUCUAACAUUUUCCCAUACAUUCAAUUGGCCUGCCUGACUUAUCACGAAGGUAAAUUCGAUGACUGUGAAACUUUAUUCAGUGAAGCUAAGAGAAAGUUCCCAACUGCCCCAGAAGUUCCAAACUUUUAUGCCGAAGUUCUAACUGAUAAGGGUGACUUUGAUGCUGCCUCUAAGCAAUACGAUAUUGCCAAGAGAUUAGAAGAAUCUUUAGAUGCAAUCCACGUCGGUGUAUCUCCUUUGGUUGGUAAAGCUACAUUAUUAGCCAGACAACCAACUGUAGAGAAUUUGUUGGAAUCUACUACUUUACUAGAGGAAGCAUGCAAAAUGGAUUCAAGAUCUGAACAAGCCAAAAUCGGUCUAGCUCAAUUGAAACUACAACAAGAAGAAAUCGAUGAAGCAAUCACUUUGUUUGAAGAAGCAUCUGAUUUGGCCAGAAAUAUGGAAGAAAAAUUACAAGCUACUACUUUCGCAGAAGCUUCAAAAGUUCAAAAGAAAAUCAGAGCUGAUCCAGUUGUCAACGCCAAAAUUCAAGCUACCUUAGCUGCUUAUCGUGAACAAGGUUUGAUUUAA